AUGAGUUUCGCGAAGAGAGAGUACGAGUUCCUUAGGGAGGUCGGAAUUGGGCCUAGGAACUUCGGCUGUUAUGUCAAUAGCGCCUGGAGGGCGAUUGGUCCUACCGUCUACACUGUAAAUCCCUCCAAUAAUCAGGCAAUAGCUGAUGUUGUUGAAGCUUCAAUCUGUGACUAUGAAGAGAGAAAGCGGGCUUGCUAUGAAGCAGCAAAGUUGUGGAUGCAGAUUCCUGCUCCAAAAAGAGGUGAGAUUGUUAAGCAGAUUGGUGAUGUACUUAGAGCUAAGGUCUAUCACCUUGGCUAUUUUGUUUCACUCGAGAUGGGAAAAAUACUACCUGAAAGAAUUGGGGAGGUCCUAGAAAUAAUUGAUAUGUGUGACUUUGCUGUUGGAUUAAGCCAUAUGAUGUUGGAGAAAAAUAAUUUGCCAGGUGCAAUUUUUCACCAUUGGUCAAGGUAUAGCCAGGUAUUCCAUGCUCUCGGUGCCAUCGGAGUUCUGGACAAUUUCCCACGCAGCCACCAUCUGCACAAAAAAUGA